CUAGGCUGUCGGCCAAUCUCAUGAAUUGAGUAACUACUUCACACAUCACACUUCUUCUCUUCCUUAAAAUACACACUGCUUACGCUUUAAUGCAACCCAUUUUCAUCUCUCUUUGCUAAUAUAACACCUUAUAUAUCUCUAACAAAAAAUCAAGAUUCUCACACCCCAACAUCUUUCUCUAUCCCUUUUACCAAGAUAUGAGCUUCAAACACUAAAUUGCUUUCACUAGUUCUUAUAUACCCAUCUUAAAGGGACAGAAAAGAUCUAAUAUUAUGGCUGGGGGAAGUUACUUCCAUUCUGGUGGGAGGAAAUCGUCUGAUUUCUGUUCAAAAAUCACUGUUGUGACUUUUCUUGGGAUUUCUUUCAUCGGGAUAUGGAUGCUGAUAUCAUCAUCAUCAUUCAGUAUACCUCUUCAAAACUCGGAGAUAUCUUCGACUUUGAAAGUUACCAAUAAUCUUUCGGGGCAGGGUUUUCUAGUCAAUGCAAAGAGAGAAGAGGAUGGAACAUUCCAGGGAGAGAAGGGGUUCAGAAGGGGAAGGUCUUUAAAGGAGAUUGAAGAUGAGGAAAGUGAAGGAGAUAGCUCUAAUUUAAGAAACGAAGAAGAAAAUCAAGAAAAUUCCGAAUCCAGUUCAUCCGGUGAUGAAUCACAAUCUGGCGAUGAGAGUUCAAAUGAAGAAAAUUCUGAAUCCACUUCAAGUGGUGGCGAGUCAGAUACCGGAGGUGAAGACUCAAAUACAGAUGAAAACGGCGACUUAAAAUUGGAAACAGAGAAAGCAAAGAAGAAAGAAACAGAGAAUGAGAUUUUUCCAGCUGGUGAUCAAUCGGAGAUUUUGAAAGAAACUACGACACAAAACGGGCCAUGGUCAACUCAGGCUGCCGAGUCUGAAAAGGAGAAUGAGUCACAGGAUUCUUCAUUGUCUAAGGGCUAUAAGUGGAAGCUAUGUAAAACUGAUGCUGGACCAGAUUAUAUUCCCUGUUUGGAUAAUCUGCAAGUUAUACGGAAGCUCCCUACUACUUCACACUAUGAACAUCGUGAGAGGCACUGCCCUGCUGAAGCUCCAACUUGCCUUGUUCCUCUGCCUUCAGGAUACAAGCAGCCAAUUGGAUGGCCUAGGAGCAGGGAGCAGAUAUGGUACUCUAAUGUUCCUCAUGCAAAGCUAGCAAAGGUCAAGGGGCACCAAAACUGGGUCAAAGUUACUGGAGAGUACCUUACUUUCCCUGGUGGGGGUACUCAAUUUAAGCAAGGGGCUCUUCAUUACAUUGAUUUCAUCCAGAAGACCUUGCCUCAAAUUUCAUGGGGCAAACAAACACGUGUUAUUUUGGAUGUUGGGUGUGGAGUGGCCAGCUUUGGAGGAUACCUAUUUGAAAGAGAUGUACUAGCAAUGUCACUUGCCCCCAAGGACGAGCACGAAGCCCAAGUGCAAUUUGCACUUGAAAGGGGCAUCCCUGCCAUAUCAGCGGUUAUGGGAACUAAAAGACUACCAUUCCCGGGUAAAGUAUUUGAUGCUGUACAUUGUGCACGGUGUAGAGUUCCAUGGCAUAUCGAAGGUGGCAAACUUCUCCUAGAAUUGAAUCGUGUCUUGCGGCCCGGUGGUCACUUCAUUUGGUCUGCGACACCUGUAUAUCGGAAGGAUGAAGAAAGCGUUGGAAUUUGGGAAGCUAUGUCUCAACUAACUAAGUCAAUGUGCUGGGAACUAGUGGAAAUUAAUGAAGAUAAACUAAAUGAAGUAGGUGUAGCUAUAUAUAGAAAGCCAACUUCAAAUGAUUGCUACCAGAGCAGAACACAAAAUGACCCACCUAUGUGUGAAGAAGCUGAUGAUUCAGAUGCUGCCUGGAAUAUAACACUUCAGGCAUGUCUGCAUAAAGCGCCAGCAGAUUCAUCUGCACAUGGAUCAAAGUGGCCAGCAAAAUGGCCUUUGAGGUCGGAGAAACUUCCUUCUUGGUUGAGAAGUUCUCAAGUUGGAGUUUAUGGGAAAGCAGCCCCAGAAGACUUUGCUGCAGACGAUGAGCAUUGGAAAAAUGUUGUGUCCAAAUCAUACUUAAAUGAACUUGGCAUUAACUGGUCUCAAGUAAGGAAUGUCAUGGAUAUGAAAGCUGUUUACGGAGGAUUUGCUGCAGCACUGAAAGACUUGAAAGUCUGGGUCAUGAAUGUAGUUCCAAUUGACUCACCCGACACACUUCCAAUUAUAUAUGACCGUGGCUUGUUUGGCAUAUACCACGACUGGUGUGAAUCCUUCAGCACCUACCCCAGAUCUUAUGAUCUUCUUCAUGCAGAUCACCUUUUCUCCGAUAUUAAGAAAAGGUGCACGAUAGAAUCAGUAUUUGCGGAAGUGGACAGGAUUCUGAGGCCAGAAGGAAAGUUGAUUGUGCGGGACAAUGCUGAAACUAUACUUGAAAUAGAGAAUAUGGCUAGGUCACUAAAAUGGAAAGUGAAGAUGUCUUACUCGAAGAAUGGUGAAGGAUUGCUAUUUGUUCAAAAAUCCUUUUGGCGUCCAAACCAAGAACAGAUAAUUAAGUCAGCCAUUGCAUAAACAUAUAAGAAAAAUCUCCAAAAUUAGAUACAAAUUUGAUGUUCUUUAUAAUAGUUUAGUUCACUUCCACUAAAUUAUUAGAGAAUACCAUCGCGAUUUUUUUUUUUUUUUUUUUAAAUUCUACUUGAGUUUUAUCAUGUUUGCCAUUCUCUGUAUAAUUAUCUCAACUUUGUGAUUCAUCAAAUGGAAAAAGUAUACAGGACUGCGUUUUGCGUAAUCCAACAGCCCAAUA